GCACGGGGCGCAGCGGCCUCCCGAGCGUCUACACGGGAAUAACGAUGGGUCCGGCCCCCGCAUACGGGACGGGAAACUGAUAACACUGCGCACGCGCAUCUAGGCAACAGGGUUGCCAGCGCGCAUGCGUGUUUUUGACAGGGCGGCGCGCCAGGCGCUGACGACGGCGCGCGCAAGGGGCGCCGUGUCCGCUGUACGCGGGUGCCCGCAGGCGCGCUCCUCCGAGGCGUCGCCGCCCGACACGAUGGAAACUGCCGGGUUCCGGCGGCUGGGCGUGUGCGUCUUGUGCGGGCUGCCGGCGGCGGGUAAAUCCACGCUGGCGCGCGCGCUGCGCCACAGCCUACGGCGGCGCGGGGGCCCCGGCUGGGUCUGUGCCCUCCUGACCUACGAUGACCUCAUUCCGCAGGAGGCCUUCAGCCAACCAGAGACAGAAGCGGGGCUCGUAGCACAACAGCCAUUGCUGUCUCGCUGGAAAUUGUACCGACAUGAACUGUUAGUGUACCUUGAACACUUCUUACAGGCUCUUAUUAAUGGAGAUCAUUUGUGUGCUCCAACAAACAGAACUGAAGCAACAUGGAAAAGUUUUGUUUCCUGUUUCAAAGAACAAGGAUUAAUCUCUUCAGAAAUACAUGAUGCCAAAUCUUGUCAUUACUUAAUAAAUACAACCACUUCCAGACCAUUGUAUUUUGUUUUGGAUGACAACUUUUAUUAUCAAAGCAUGAGAUAUGAAGUAUACCAGCUAGCUCGCAAAUAUUCAUUGGGCUUCUGCCAGUUAUUUUUAGACUGUCCACUUGAGUCCUGCAUACAGAGGAAUUGUCUGAGAAGUCAGCCGUUACCUGAUGAGACCAUAUGUCUAAUGGCAAGAAAAAUAGAAGUACCAAAUCCUGAGAAAAACGCUUGGGAACAAAAUAGCCUAAUUCUGAAAAGUGUCAAAUGCACUUCAGAAGAUAAUUUGCAGGUGAUUAAUUUGUUGGUUACUGCUUUGGAAAAUCCAGUGAAACAAAUUGAGGAAAAUACCGAACAAAAGGAAACAGACAGAGCCAUUUGUGCAGCUAGUAUUCUCCACCAAGCUGAUCAGGCUUUCAGACGAAUUGUCUCUCAAACAAUGAAGGAUGUGAGAGAUAAAAAUAUACUUCCAAAUGAGAUGAAGAUUCUGGCAGAAGAACUUAAUAAGCUUAAAGCAGAGUUCUUGGAAGAUUUACGACAAGGGAAUCAUCAAAAAAAUCAGUUUUGUCUGCCAAGCAGUGAAUUUGUUACAAAUGUCAUUACUUCAUUCCAACAAGCAACAGACAAUGUAGUGAAGAAGGUUUUUUUCUUAAAUGAGCACACUGUGUUUUCAGUGCAAGGAAUGCCAAAAACGUGAUAGCUUUAGCCAUCCUGCUGAAUAAGUUAUCUGAGGAAGCCACAGCUGCCAUGUGUGGAGGUUUAUGUUAAAUUUAUAAUUUCAUUUCUGUCACAAUGCUAUCAAACACAGAAACAAAAAAAACAACUCAGGUGUUUCAUCUUUAAGACCAGGCCAACAACAGGAAGAAAUGAGGUUUGAAGAUGAAAGAGAUUUUGGAGCUGUAGUCCCCUAAUCGGUGUCUCGUAAAACAUCUUUGGUGCAAAUCUUUGAACUCCUUCUCUGGCUCCUCCAUCCAUAAUGUUCUUCGUCCUUGCUUCUAUAUUUCCUAGAUAUAUAUCCAUCUCUCUGUUCCUUUCCCAUCUCAGAUUAGCCCAGUUUUCCUUUUUUUUCAAUGUCAUUUUCCCUUUUCCCAUAGAACAAAUAAUAGAAGCAAAGAAUUCUCAGAUCUUCCUCCCAAUCCUUUGUUCUUCCAAAGUAUUUAUAACUAGGCAACAAUGAUGUACAUAGGUAGAAAAGCUCUGGUCUCAAAUGUUGUUUGCUCUCAGUAAUUAACCUCCUCCUACAUUAUUAAAGUCAUCAUUCCUAUUGGGACAGUCGGGGAAUCACAUGUCGUCAUCCUGCAUAACAAUAGAGUGAAUCAUAGGAUCUGUAAGAAAUUAUAGGAAAUUAUAAAUUGUCUUAUUUAAUAGUCAGUACAAACGGUAUUACAUUAACUGGUUAAUGUCUGCAGAUGCUAUUUAAUAUGUAAGGUGCUAGGUAAUAUUAAUAAAGAGAUUGUAUUAGGGUAUCUUUGUUGUAUCCUUUAACUUUUCUCUUCCACAUCUGCUGUUUGUUAUAGUAAUGUGGAUAACUGAUUGCACCU